UUUUCUGGUUGAUUCCGGUUCAGGUCCACAGACCUCGACCCUGGAAGAGUGAGUCGGAGUCAGAUCUUCGAGAGGUGGAGGGAUCGAAUGAGGGAACUGAUAUUCCAAGACUCCCCAAAUCUUGGAGCUUCACUCGCCAGGCAUCCCGCGCUUUCCUGACAUUCGCGCAGCAGCGGAGAGCUUUGCUACCCAGAGCAGGGAGGCGUGGCCACAGAGGCGCAGUCGAGCGGAGGAAGAGGAAAGUGGCCUCCGGGAAAGCCAGAGCUGACUGAAGUGCUCUUGGGAAGAACAAUUCAUUGAUUUGGUACCAAACCUGAUGCACCCUCAUUUGUCAAAGGUGGUACCAGGUGGGUGUCAGUGUCACACACAAGAGUAAAACUGUUCCUAGAGCAAAUGACGAUGAGAGAGCUGAAGGCGGAUUCAUGCUCAAACCCCCAGAUGGGGGCUAUGUGGGAGACUAGUGGGUCUGUGAAUGAGAACUUCAGUCAGAGUAAGAAAUACAGCGCAAAAAUAGAGAGUCUUGGUCCUGAGAGCGCUUGCAGGCACUUCUGGAGCUUCCGUUAUCAUGAAGCAACUGGACCGCUUGAGACCAUCAGCCAACUUCAGAAAUUAUGCCAUCAGUGGCUGAGGCCAGAGAUCCACUCAAAAGAGCAGAUCUUGGAAAUGCUGGUGUUAGAGCAGUUCCUGAGCAUUCUGCCCAAGGAGACCCAGAACUGGGUGCAGAAGCAUCAUCCACAGAAUGUCAAACAGGCUCUGGUCCUGGUGGAAUUCUUGCAGAGGGAGCCUGAUGGAACAAAGAAUGAGAGUUUGUUGACAUUUGAAGAUGUGGCUGUGUAUUUUUCUGAGGAAGAAUGGCAAUUAUUGGAUCCUCCUGAGAAGACUCUCUACAAUGAUGUAAUGCAGGAUAUCUAUGAGACUGUCAUCUCUCUAGGGUUAAAGCUAAAAAAUGACACUGGAAAUGAUCAUCCUAUAUCUGUUUCUACAUCAGAAAUACAAACAUCAGGAUGCAAAGUAUCAAAAAAGACCAGAAUGAAAAUUGCCCAGAAAACAAUGGGCAGGGAAAAUCCUGGUGAUACACACAGUGUACAGAAAUGGCAUCGAGCUUUUCCAAGGAAGAAAAGAAAGAAACUUGCAACUUGUAAACAAGAGUUUCCAAAACUUAUGGAUCUUCAUGGGAAAGGCCCCACAGGGGAGAAACCUUUUAAAUGUCAGGAAUGUGGGAAAAGCUUCAGAGUUAGCUCUGAUCUUAUUAAACACCAGAGAAUUCACACUGGAGAGAAACCCUAUAAAUGUCAACAAUGUGACAAGAGGUUUAGAUGGAGUUCAGAUCUUAAUAAGCACUUCAUGACCCAUCAAGGAAUAAAACCAUAUAGAUGCUCAUGGUGUGGGAAAAGCUUUAGUCAUAACACAAAUCUACACACACACCAAAGAAUUCACACAGGAGAGAAGCCCUUUAAAUGUGGUGAAUGUGGAAAAAGAUUCAUUCAGAACUCCCACCUUAUUAAACACCAGAGAACUCACACAGGUGAGCAGCCUUAUACAUGUAGCAUAUGCAAGAGAAACUUUAGUAGGCGAUCAAGCCUUCUUAGACACCAGAAACUCCACAGAAGAAAGGAAGCAUGUCUACUGUCUUCAAACUGAGGAAAAUUACCAUGUAGACCUUGACUUUAGAAGUGAUGGAAUAAUACAAAAUUAUGAGGCACCCAAUGAUAGGAAUCUGUCAUUAAUAGAACAUUUGGGAAGGGUACAUGUUACACUUCACAAAAAGGAAUCUAAGCUGAUUGUCUUAUUCAGCAUUGCAUCUUCUGUGCCUAGCACAAGAGUGAUACAUAAGGAGUAUUUUAUAAAUAAAAAAAUGAAAAUGUAGUGAUGAAAUACCUUUAGCUAUCUAUCUAUAUGUAUAUAUCUGGUUAUUCAAAACUUCCACACCCCCAGUCAUCUAAAUUUUUCAAGUAUCAAGUGCUCAACAGACAUAUGAUGGUCAAGGCUCUUAGUCUCAUUCUUUAUUCUUUGUCAAGAGAAAUGGAAAGAGUACUUGGGCCCUCUUAAGGGAGCUCAGAGAGAAUUACUAAACUAGGGACAAUUUCAAUAGCUACCAUUCUAUCUACAUGAACAAUCGAGGCCAGGACUCAGGGAACUUUACUCUGUAAUAGAAAGAGAGGAUUCAAUGUUUGCCCUGAGAGAAUUGUCCCAUUCUCAUUGCUUCUCUCCUGAGUACCCACUACCACAGUGUCUCUGUCAAGGAAUUACAAGUAGCAAGGAAAGGUCUGAAUGUAAGGACAGACCUAGGGACCUUGCAAGCACUUGAUAUCUCUCCUCUUGCUGACUGUUUCAACAUAGACAUACAAUGAAAUGAUGAGGGAGGCAGUCUCGGCCCUCAUCCAGGUAUCUGUUUUGUUUUGUUUUGUUUUUGUAGAAAGCACAGAUAAGUGGUGAAUGGUCUUUUUCUGACUUUCAUUAUUAUGUGGACUGUGUGGAGGCUUUCAAACUGGUGCCAUACUGCUGCAGGACCUAAAGGGAGCCCCAUCUUUAUGGCUGAUCAAGUACAACCCUAUAUGCCUGAAUACUCUGCAAGAAGGCCUGGAGAUUUUGCAAAACUGAUUUAUUGAGAAUGGCAAGGAGAACCUUGUGAACUUUUAGCUUUGGUGCACAGCUGAUACCAGGAGGGAACAUCCUGAAGUGUCAGAGCAAAGUAAGGCAUAUGGCUUAGAGUGAUGACCCCAGUCAGAACCAGGCCAGAUGGAAAUUGCUUUCUGAUGUUACUGGUCUUCUUUUCCCUAUUAGCCAAAGUGACUAUCUCUUAAGAGAAGAUAAUGUGACGUCAAGGGAAGUUGGAAGUCAUGGAUUUAUAUCUAUGUCAGAUCCUGGUUUAUAAUGUUGGCCAAGGCUUAUUUAUAUAUGUUUAUUUAGUAUUCCAUAAAAUUGUACUUUGUAAUGAAAAUGACAUGUUUUAUGUUAAAUUUAGACAAUAAAGAAAACUUUGUCACCAAAUCACUCA